AUGCCACCAAAAGCGGGAUCGUCGUCGGCGAAGGCGACUCCGCGCACACCCAAGACGGCGGGAAAGAAAGCGAAGGAGCAAGAGGCGAGGAAGCAGCGGGCAGCGGAAAGGGAGAAGGCCAAGGAGCAGGCGACCGCCCAGGAAGGGGGAAGGAUGGGGUCAGCAGCCAAAGGGAAGGGCAAGGCCAAGGGCACCAAGCGAAAGAUUACAAGUCGGGAGUUUGUCGAUUCGGACGAGGAGGGUGAGCGAGAAGACGGGGGUAGCAAGGAGAAGGAUGGGCCACCGGCGAAGAAGGCAAAGACGACGGCUGGUGCUGGAGGUUCGGGGUCUGGCGAGAGGAUUGAUGAGCAGGACGGGGCUGGUGCUGGAGGUUCCGGGUCUGGCGACACGAUCGAUGAGCAGGGAACGGCUCCUGCUGGAGGUUCAGGGUCUGGCAAGGAGGGCGAUGAGCAGGAAACGGAUUGA